AUGUGGCGAUUAUGCCAGCAUAGGUAUGCACUGGACACAAUUUCAAGGUCAUUGACAUUUCGUUUCCAUGGCCAGAGACGGUUCCUCAGUGCCCCGUCCAAAUCUUAUGAUGCCGCGGUCAUAGGUGGCGGUAUUACAGGUCUCACAACAGCCUUCAGGCUGUCGCGAGACCCCAAUUGCGCGAAGGUCACACUUUACGAGCAGUCAAAUCGACUUGGAGGAUGGUUACAAUCAGAAACCAUCAACGUUGACGGCGGAGAAGUGGUGUUCGAAUACGGACCGCGAACACUGCGAACUGCGUCGCCUUCGUGCCUCCCUCUGCUAGACUUGCUUUUCGAGCUUGAAUUGGAGGAUGAGAUUCUCAUUACGAGCAAGAAUUCACCAGCCGCGCGCAACCGCUACAUCUACUACCCCGAUCACCUCGUGCGCAUGCCAGCACCCAUCCCGAACGCCGGCACCAUCACCAACCUGAUAGCAAACGGAAAGGUCCUUUUAACAGAACCAGUACUCGCGGGUCUACUGUCUUCCGUUUUCACGGAGCCAUUGAAGGAACCCAGAUCAGACAAACUUGCGGGUCAGGAUGAGUCGGUUGCGGACUUCGUCUCUCGACGGAUGUCACCACAGAUUGCGGACAACCUGGCGUCAGCAUUGUUCCAUGGAAUAUACGCCGGGGAUAUAGAUCGAUUGAGUGCUCAGACCUUGCUUGGGGUAUAUAGGGAUUUAGAGAAGACAGAUCGCAGGGUUUUUGGAUCGCUGUUGAAUAUCGCGCAGACUGAGCGAAGGAUUCUGUUGACGGAUGACCUCUUGGCUCUUCACUCAGUUGAGCAUGAGAGACCGCAUGGGCACUGGCAGCGUCUUACGAGCCUAGUAAGGGGAGCAAGUGUCCUGACACUGAAAAGGGGACUAGGCCAGCUUGUACAGAGUCUAGAAACUGCUCUCAGGGAGACUGCUAAGGUUGAGAUCUUGACAAAUACCGAGGUCAAGGCUAUUAGUAAGGACCAGCAGACCUCUGAUUUAGCGAUCCAAAUUGGCGAAAACGGAUCACGUACACAUAAUCGUGUCGUUGCCACUAUCCCGGCACCCGUACUGGCCAAGAGUCUGCGUUCAGGUGUUAAGGGUGACCAGCCAGUCCCUCAAGGGAGUGUCAGGAACCUGGAAGAACAUAACUAUGCGGUCUCAGUGAUGGUGGUGAAUCUGUAUUACGACAACCCGCAGCUGAUCCCCUACAAGGGAUUCGGAUACCUUAUUCCGCGCUCAAUCUCACUCGAUCAGAACCCUGAACGUGCUCUUGGUGUCAUAUUCGGUUCUGAUUCCAGCGUGGGACAGGACACUGCCCCGGGCACCAAGCUAACAGUCAUGAUGGGCGGUCACUGGUGGGACGGUUGGCAGGAAUCUGACUACCCAGACCCCGAGACCGCUGUUUCCAUGGCUCGUUCCUUGUUGGAGCGUCAUUUACAUAUAAAAGAGUCGCCUGCAGUUGCAAAGGCGCGUCUACAUCGCAAUGCUAUUCCUCAGUACACCGUUGGUCAUAUGUCGCGGAUGCAGGAGCUUUCUCGCGCCGUACGGGACGAGUUCAACCAUCGCCUUACAUUAGCAGGCAGCUGGUACAGUGGAGUUGGCGUCACAGAUUGCAUACGUCAGGCCUAUCUAUCCGCAUCGUACGGCGUUGAUGCUCGACGACUGGAUGAUAUGAACGGAGAACGACCGUGGUCGAGGAUGGGGUACAAAGACUGGGACUUGGAAGGUGGCAUCGUAUCAUCUCCACAACGGUGGUUCAAGGCAAAUGUAGAUGAUGUAAAGUACUUAUUUUGCUAG